AUGAACACGACACACAGCGGGAAUCUAUUCCGGCCACUGUCGACUGCAACCUACAACCCAGAAGAUAAUACGGUGAGUGCUGACCUAUCUGAGGAUCAAGUGGUCCAAGUUGUCAAGCGACACCUGGUCGACACGUCACCUGCUGCCUCACUGCGCAGUGCUUCCAUUCACCGAAGUAUCACAAACGAGGACGACAGAGGGUCGGCCUUACGGAGUGUCCAUCAGUUACCGGGUGGAGCGAUUACGCACGAUAUCUAUAAGUGGGCCGAAGACGCGGAGAAUGAGCAAAUAGCAAGACGACAGCGGUCACAGUCGUUUUAUUUACCCAAGGGCGAACCUUUGGAUCCGACACUAGCAAGAUUGAAGGAUCCUGGAGGGUUCAGACGUCAUUUUGUUGUUCAUAAGGCCGCACGGUUAGGGAGGGCGCCUCCUAACUGGAUGACUCGUACCUUUGUUGACUUUUUAGCCUUGUAUGGACAUUUUGGUGGUGAAGACUUGAGCGAAGAAGAAGAAGAAGAAGAAGCUGACGAAGAGCAAGGCCCAGAAGAAGAGGAACCUUUGAUCGGAAGACCUCCACAUAAUGCUGUACAGGGUACGGCUACUCCAGCUAAGGCCGUCUUUUUGCUCUUGAAAUCUUUUGUUGGCACAGGUGUCAUGUUCUUACCCAAAGCAUUUUAUAAUGGUGGUUUAGCCUUUUCUACCAUCUUGCUAACAACCAUUGCUCUUAUAUCCCUUUAUACAUUUCUGUUACUUGUCGAAACAAGAAAUAAGAUUCCCGUCUCCUUCGGCGAUAUCGGCGGUGUCCUGUUUGGACCAUCUAUGCGAUUAUCUGUCUUGCUGGCUAUUACAUUGUCACAGAUUGGCUUUGUAUGUGCCUAUAUGGUAUUUGUAGCUCAAAAUGUUCAAGCUUUGAUCGAAUCUGUAUCUCAAUGCCAGCUCCAGGUACCACUAUCCUAUCUUAUUUUGGCGCAAAUCGCCGUUUUUGUACCUCUGGCUAUGAUUCGUAGAAUUCAAAAAUUGUCAGCUUUUGCGUUGAUUGCAGACUUGUUUAUCUUGAUCGGAUUGGUGUAUCUUUACUACUAUGAUUUCUUUACUCUAUCUCAACACGGUAUUGCUGAUGUAGAAUGGACGAUUAACUAUGCUUCGUUCCCAAUGUUUAUUGGUACUGCCGUAUUCACUUAUGAAGGCGUGGGCUUAGUCAUUCCUAUUACCGAGUCUAUGGCAGAACCCGAGAAAUUCCCCAAGGUGUUAUCAGGCACGAUGAUCUUCAUCACUACCAUCUUUUUAUCUGUCGGCUUCAUUUCAUACCUAGCCUUUGGUAGCCAAGUCCAGACGGUAAUUCUGUUGAAUAUGCCAGGCACUGCUGCUGUCAACACGGUCCAAGGUCUGUAUGCACUCGCGAUCUGUCUGUCGAUUCCACUUCAGCUGUUCCCUGCCAUCCGUAUUAUCGAAACUGGUCUCUUCACUCGCUCUGGUAAAUAUGAUAACCUUGUCAAGUGGCAAAAGAACAUGUUUAGGUUUGUCGCUGUCCUUGUCUGUGCAGCGAUUGCCAUUGCUGGUUCAAGUGACCUCGAUAAAUUUGUUUCUCUCAUCGGUUCCCUCUGCUGUGUCCCUCUCUGUUUCUUUUUCCCUCCUUUGUUUCACCUAAAGGCUAUUGCCAACAAUUGGCGUCAAAAGACGGCCGAUAUGUUGAUUAUCGUCUUUGGAUUAGUUUCGAUGAUCUAUACAACCUUUAUCACUGUCUCAUUAUGGUCAGAAGGUGGUGAAUCUGCUCCUAUAUCCAGGUGUUCAUAG